AAAUAGCGCCACCAUACAUCGUAGUUGCAAACAAACAGGAACAAAAAUGGCGACAACUCCGCGUGGGUCUAAUAAAGGUUGGCCUAAAAGUAGGGAUUACAACCAAAAGUACAAUGUUAUUGGAGGUGGAGGACCCUUGGAAAGAACAACACAUCUAUAUCCUCUAACAAACUACACAUUUGGGACCAAGGAUCCUCUGUAUGAAAAAGACCCAUCAGUGGCGAAGAGGUUUGCGCGGAUGCGGGAUGAGUUCAAUAAAAUGGGGACGAGACGGUCUGUUGAAGGCGUGCUUAUUGUUCAUGAGCAUGGCUUACCACACGUACUACUUUUGCAAUUAGGCACAACAUUCUUUAAAUUACCAGGUGGUGAGUUAAAUCCAGGUGAGAAUGAAGUGGAAGGCCUGAAACGCUUACUGACAGAGAUACUUGGCCGACAAGAUGGUGUACCUCAAGAAUGGGUGAUUGAGGAUGUGAUAGGCAAUUGGUGGCGCCCUAAUUUUGAACCUCCUCAGUACCCGUAUAUUCCAGCACAUAUAACCAAACCUAAGGAACACAAACGACUGUUUUUAGUGCAACUACAAGAAAAAGCUUUAUUUGCUGUUCCAAGAAAUUACAAGCUAGUUGCUGCCCCUCUGUUCGAAUUGUACGAUAAUGCCACUGGCUAUGGACCAAUCAUCUCAAGCCUACCACAGAACCUCAGCAGGUUCAACUUUAUCUACAACUGAUGGAGAGUGUGUGGUAAACACAAGCAAGUUGUAGACAUCCUUGCAUUACACAUUAACUGGUGAUCAAGUUCUUGAUGGUUAAUGUGCAGAGUCUGGAUCACAAUACCAUCAGAGUAGCGAAAUUGAAUUAACAUAAGCAUGCUUAUUGCAAAGCAGAUAUUUUGUCCAGAUCAAUACACCUGUAUUUAGCACUGAAGGAUUAAUGAUUGUAAAUAGUAAUCAAAUGGAAAAAACCCCCACUAUUUUUUUGGCAUUUCUUUCGCAAAUCUUAUUACGGAGCUUUUGCUACACACACUGCUCUAGGCCCACUAGUAAUCUUGAGAGACAUGGUGCUGUAAGUGCUCGUUAUAGGCCUGAACUAAGAACAAAUAAUGGUCAGAUAUUGUUCCCAGUUAUGUGACAAUAAUCUAUUUGCAAAUUGAAAAAAGGUCUUGUUCCCAUAAAUUCUAACCUGGCGCUAUGGCUCUAGUUACGACAUUUGACCAACUUUUGCAGAGUACCAUUCAUAUGGCCAUCAUAGAUAAAUUUGAUUGAAGAACAAUUAUGUCAGCACAUUUCAAAACCCAAAAUACAGUUGAACUUGCCUAUGUCAAAUCCAAAAUGGCAUUGAAAAACUAUUAGACUUGGAGAUUGUAAUGGAAUACACAAUUUGGCAUAUACAGUAAAAUAAAAUUGAUUAGGAAAUUAUUUGAGUUAGGCAAGUUUAACUGUACAUAAAUUUUUGUUGUUUUUUUUAUAUCUUUUUAUACACAUUUUGCAGUAAAUUUUAACCCACUAAUUUAAUUUACCCUUUUAAAAGAGAUCAGGCAUUCUCAUUUGAUAUUUUACAGAAAAUAUUCUAAUAAAUUGUCCUUUUUGUGGUUAUUUUGUGUAAAUACUAGCUAAAGUAUUAGGUAUUGUCAGACUCCUACAGGUUGGUUUUUGCAGUGGCAGAUUCAAGGGGCCCCUAAAUUUUUCAAAGUUUAAAAAAAAAAUGGAGAAAAGGAGAAAAUUUUAACCAAAUUUAGGUGUGAGAGUCCCAUAUUCAUAAAUUUUCUUUACGCAGCCCCACCAUGGUGGGGCUGAGGUGGUGUGGAGUUUCCAUCAGUAAAAGUCCCCCCUCUUAUUUUGAAUUUCUGGAUCUGCCACUGGUUUGUCUGGCUAUUUAGCAUAAUGUACUUGAUGUCGGUGUUGGUACAUUUUUAUUAAUGGAAAGAAUGAUCAUUCUGUAUAUAUUACUUGCUAUGUUUUGUAGACAAAUAGAUUACUGUUGGAAAUAAAAUCAAGUGUUUGCAUAUA